UGCAAUAAAAAAAAAAAAAUAUUUCAGAGAAUUUUCUUAUUAAUAAAUUAACAUAUUUUACAUAUUAAAGAGUAAACGUUAUGUUACAAAUAUUUUAAUAAAUUAUUGCUUACAGUUAACAUCGUUUUUAACCUCCAAAUGUACUUCCGACGUUAUAAUUAAGAUUGUUUGUCCUGUACCUUUUUUAAUUAUUUUUAUAAUAAAAUAUAUCGCUUUUGCAGUAAAUAUCAACAAUAUAAAAGAUUUAUUGAUGCAACUUCAACAUACAUUCAACCAACUAAAAGAUGAAUCUGAGAACGCUAUCAUAAAAAAGUAUGGGCAAAAUGGAAAACGAUAUACAGUUGUACUUAUAAUACUUGGUGUUUGUAGUAUAUGUAUUGUUAUUAUCGUUCAAUUUUUGUCGAUUAUUCUUGACAUUGUUUUACCGAGGAAUGUGUCUCAAUUACAUCAUAUGCUGAUUGUAACAGAGUAUUUUAUCGAUCAAGAGAAAUAUUUCUAUUUAAUUAUGCUACAUAUAUGUGCAGCUUUUUACAUUGGAAUGCUUACAAUGAUAUCGACAGGAACAAUGCUCAUUGUAUAUUUUCAAUAUAUCUGUGGAUUGUUCAAAGUCUCUAGUUAUCGAAUUGAGCGUGCAAUGAAGAUUAAUACGCUACAAAAUAUUACUUUAAGAAAUGAGAAUUUAAUACUUAAGGGAAUAAUAUAUGCAAUAGAUAUUCAUCGACAAGCUAUGAGAUUAUGCAAACUAUUACUAUCUAAGUUUGAAACAAUGUUAUUCUGUUUAAUAAUAGUUGGAGUGAUUUGUUUAAGCCUCAAUCUUUUUCAAAUAUUUCAGAUAGCAUCAUCUGGAGAAAAUAUUAAGGAAAUAUUCAUACCCGUUAUAUUAUCAGUUUGCAGUAUCGUAUAUAUGUUUACAGCUAAUUACAUCGCACAGGAUUUAAUAAAUCAUAAUAAUCACAUAUAUAUUACUGCAUACGGUAUUCAAUGGUAUAUGGCACCGUUAUAUAUACAAAAAUUGAUAUUGUUUCUAUUACAAAGAGGUGUCAAAGAUUUAUCUUUAAAUGUUGGUGGAUUAUUUACUGGAUCGCUAGAGUGUUUUGCUACGCUGGUGAAAGCUUCUGUAUCUUAUUUUACCUUCAUGUAUUCUACACGAUAAGAUAAAAAUGGAUUACAUAAAAAUGUAAUAUAAAUAUCAUUAGUAAAAAAUCAAAU